AUGGGCACUUUUGUGUCUCUUCGCAUGCUAGUCCUCACCACCUCGUACCCGGUCGCCGAGUUCAUAGCAGGGUGCCCGGUCAGAGCUGCUAUUGCCGCGGCUUGUCUGGGUGCAACCACCCUCUCUGCUGCAGGUUAUGACCCCCAUUUAUAUACCAAGCAUGACGUCUAUGGUAUUGAAUAUUCCUUUGUCCAGUUUGUCCUGUCUAUGCUCUGUCUCAGCUUCAUCAGGAAGCUGAAAAGUACAAGGCACCAGCAUCCCAUCCAGCAGAAGCCUGAUGAGCAGGAUUAUGCAGGUCAGGGAGCUCUGCAGUUUGACGACAGCAGCAGGUUCCCGGCAGAGAGAAACACUCUGUGCCCUUCAGAGCACCGUGAUGAGGAGAGAGGAACACCAUCUGCCGCGGAUGCAAAGCGCAUCACUUCUUGGAGAGUAUUACAGUUGGGAGGUUCUGAGCUGGAUGCGGUUGAGAGAGGCUGUGGCCAGUGUGAGAUUGACCAGUGCGAUGGGAGUGUGGGGUACGGAGGAAGCCCAGAUGAAAGUGGAGAAACGACACUGGAUGCAAUGAUUAUGGAUGGCAACACUAUGGAAGUUGGGGCAGUUGCGGAUCUCAGACGUGUAAAAAAUGCAAUUGGUGUAGCGCGAAAGGUCAUUGAAUACACUAAGCAUACAUUAUUAGUGGGAGAGUCAGCCUCCCUGUUUGCUGUAAGAAUGGGGUUUCCAUAUGAAGAUUUAACUACCCAAAAUUCUCUUUCGGUGUAUUCCAAGUGGCUUAAUCAAAGCUGUCAGCCCAACUACUGGAAGAAUGUCGUACCAGACUCUUCAAAAUCCUGUGGACCAUACAAACGGCCUGAAAAAGUAACUUAUAAAGAAGAAGAGACCACCUCACAAAGAAGCGUUCAUAAUCAUGAUACUAUUGGUAUGGUUGUAAUUGGUGCAAGCGGAACUGUUGCUUCUGGGACAUCUACUAACGGUGCAGUCCACAAAAUUCCAGGGCGUGUAGGAGAUUCUCCGAUAGCUGGAGCGGGAUCCUAUGCGGAUAGUACAGCCGGAGGAGCUGCAGCCACUGGGGAUGGUGACAUCAUGAUGCGCUUCUUACCCAGUUAUCAAGCUGUGGAGUAUAUGAGGAUGGGAACAGACCCAACAGCAGCCUGUCAGAAAGUGAUUUCCAGAAUCCAGAAGUAUGCUCCAAAGUUCUUUGGUGCUGUUAUAUGUGCCAAUACAACUGGAAGUUAUGGUGCUGCCUGUAAUAAAAUUCCAGGAUUCACUCAGUUUCACUUCAUGGUUUCUAGCCCUUUGCUCAGUCAGCCAACUGAGCAAGUAGUAGAUUGCAUUUAAUGUCUUUUAUCCUCUUAACACGUGAACUUGGAGAAGGAGGGUGCUAAGGUUCCCCAGGUGUUACUUCUUUAAAUUGGUUGUUCAUUUUCACUGUUGCGUAAUCACGUGAACAAGUACAAAGGUAUAUUGAU